AUAAAAAAAAAAAUUUUCGACGGAGAUAAGAAAGUCAAAUUUUUUAUUCAAGGAAACAAAUUUAUAUUUUAUGGCUUUUCGCAGAUUCUUGAAAUCUGUUUUACUUGGGAUUCCUGUCGGUAUAACAUUUUUGGAUUGCGUAGGCUAUGUGGCGAGAGUGGAUGGAAUAUCUAUGCAACCAGCAUUAAAUCCAAAUUCAGAUACAGAUUAUGUAUUCUUGUCAAGAUGGGAUGUGAGGAGCAGGAAUAUAAAACGCGGUGACAUUGUAUCUCUUAUUUCGCCUAAAGAUCCUACGCAAAAAAUCAUAAAGCGCGUGGUAGGUCUUCAGGGGGAUGUCGUAUCGACGUUGGGUUAUAAGCAGGAUAUAUUACGCAUUCCGGAGGGUCAUUGUUGGGUCGAGGGUGAUCACACUGGUCAUUCCUUAGAUUCGAAUACUUUCGGCCCAAUAGCUGUAGGUUUAAUGACGGCUCGGGCAUCAUUGAUCGUAUGGCCACCAGAGCGAUGGCGUGUGCUGACAAGCGAAUUGCCAAAGAGACGUCAACCUCUCCACAUAGCCAAACAGAGUAACUAUCAUUAAUGUUGAGCAAUUUGUCGAAAUUUACGCCAUCUCUAUUAUUACGUACGUGACUUUCUGUCCAUAAAGUGACUGCUCCCUUUACAUUUGUAUAAUAAUUGUAAAUAAUUUCUCCGUCAAAAAUUUGAAAUUCUUAUCAAACUAUUAUUAAAACCAAAAAUAUAUAU